CCAAGUUGUGCAGAAGUUAAAGUGAAUUGCUGAAGAUUAUUCCUUAACAACUUCACCAUCUGCAGGUUCCUUUCCCUUUCUCUAUUAUUUUCCCAUUGCAUACUGCAUUUAAUAUUUAACAAUCCUUUGAAAUGGCAUUAGUUUCAUGUUUUUAUUAGGAGUUUAACGUAGUAGUAUGUGCUACGGUCUAACCAUAACAUAUGUUAUCAUUUUACAUGUUAAUUUUGUUACAAUGAGUUCGGUCAAAAGAAUGAGAAGUGCUCAUACAAUCUAGUUUGAAAUAUUUGUGCUAAACCUUUUUAUUGGAAUAAAUGAUAGUUGAUCGAACUUUAACUUCAUGUUGUUGAUCUGUAACUCUCACCAUGUUAAGUUAGGGGGAUAGUAAGGAAAUGGAGGAACAAUCAAAAAGUAAUUCACAAAAUCAAGCCAAGUAUUUAGAGACAGAAUUGACCAAGAAGCUUCAACAAGUGGUUGUAGAACUGUCUGACAUUAAUGAGCAAUGCAUUUACAAAGUACCAGAAAAAUUUCGCCAAGGUAAUCCCAAAGCCUAUAUUCCUCAAGUUGUUUCCAUUGGCCCGUUUCACAGACAGUGCGAGUCUAAUGGAGAGAACAACAAUUCGAAGAAAAUGGAAGAACUCAAAUUGGAAUAUCUCCAGAGAUUUCUAGAUCGAAACAAGCAGAUAACUAUGAAGGAUUUGUUUCAAGAACUGAUUGAAAAGGAAAAGCGAAUUCGAAGCUGUUAUGCAGAACCUGUUAAUUGCAACAGCAAUGAUUUCUUAACUAUGAUUCUAGUUGAUGCUUGUUUUAUAAUUGAGCAUUUUCUUAGAUUCUAUACAGGCUUGGCUUCGAUUGAAAGAGACCCUUUGUCAAAAUCAUGGUUGGCAAAUGAUGUUAUUCACGACCUGACACUACUUGAAAACCAGCUUCCUUUCUUUGUUCUUGAAGACAUAUUCAACUCUGCUAAGACUGGUAUGGAAGUUGAGUUUCCCUUUAAGAAUGUUAAAUACAUGGAUGAAUUCACUGGCCCUGUAACGGAUUUUGAUUCUCUCUCAUUUCUUGGCAUUACCUUUCAAUAUUUUCGGAAAUACAAUUAUAUGAACAUAAAUGAAAACGCAAUUGAGAGUCCAAAACACUUCACUGAUCUUCUAAGAACUUUCAUGCAACCAUCAAAAAUUUGUCAUGAAAAUCUGAAAGGGGGAUAUAUGGUUAAACAUCUACCGAGCGCAAGCCAACUAUCAGAGGUGGGUUUGAUAUUCAAGGCUAGUUCUAACAAAUGCUUGUUUGACUUCAAAUAUCAUCGUCUUAGGGGUGUAAUGGAAAUGCCAUGCUUAACUAUUGAUGACAGAACUGAGAUAAGGUUGAGGAAUAUAUUGGCAUUAGAGCAAUGUCAUUACGUUCUUUCACCCAAUAUUACUCAGUACUUAUUCUUUCUGUAUUUUCUUAUCAAAACUGAGAAAGAUGUGAACAUACUAAUUGAUAAGAAAAUUAUAGUGAAUUGGAUGAGUGAUGCAGGUGCUGUGGCUAAAAUGUUUAACUAUCUUUGCUCAAAUGUUAUUGUGUCAUAUAUCAGUGAAGAGUAUUGCUUGCUCUAUGAUGACUUGAUUAAAUUCCAUGAAAAUCCUCGCAACAAAUACAAGGCUAUCUUUUAUCAUGAGUACUUCAACACUCCAUGGAAAAAGGCAUCUACAACUGCAGCAGUUCUACUGCUUUUGCUUACUCUAAUUCAAGCUAUUUGUUCAGUCAUCUCAGUAUUUUGAAGUUUACAACUUUCCGUACCUCCUAUCAAAGCAAACCAACCUCGUAUUAGGUUUGUACAUGGUUUUCUCUUUUACCUUUACUUGUGGAGAAAUUAAAGGUAGCAGCUUGAAGAUCUUGGAAACUGAAUACGUUUAACAUGAAGGAAACAGAGUAUCAGGUAUUAGGAAAAUUCGUGCUAUGUUUCCUGGGGUAGAUUUCUGCUACCAAAACAUUUCCAGCAUUUGAUUUGAAGUUUUAGAGAAGGGUUAAAAGUAUUAAAAAUAGAUGGAAACAUAAAGCGUGAGACUAUAUCUAGAAACAUAAAGUGGAAAAGAUGGAAAGCUACCCUAGUUCUGCAUCUUCAUCUGCUAUGAGAACAUCAAAUCCUUACUUCCAGGUCAGUAAUGGACGAGAUGUUUUAGCAUGAUUCACUAUGUUACCAUCGGAAUCAUAGAUUAUAACACCAGAGAAAUCAGGGAGCUGACACUUCCCUCCCAUGAGUAUGUUCCUCUGCCAAAGGGAACCCUCUUCUUGUUGCUCAC